UGUUAUACGGUGUAGGAGGAAAAUAUUAUAAUGAGUCACCAUCCUCCAGUUUCCUGUAUUCCAAACACCACGAAGAUGUCUAAAGCUAAGAAAGUUAUUGAAGAAGCGCGGGAGAUAAACAAUCCCGAGAUAGAUUUAGUGGAUAAAGGGAUCUCUAACCUGGAGGAGAUACCUGGGUUGUUCACACUUGCCAACAUCACUCGUCUAUCCCUGAGCCACAACAAGAUCUCAACUGUCCCGGCUGCUCUCGCCAACUUAAUAAACUUGGAGAUCCUGAAUUUUGCCAACAACCACAUCGAAGAACUGCCUGUCAGCUUAUCUUCACUACCCAAGCUCCGGAUCCUCAAUGUAUCGCUUAACAGGCUGUACACAUUGCCAAGAGGCUUCGGAGCAUUUCCAGUGCUUGAGAUAUUGGAUCUUACAUACAAUAACUUGAAUGAGAAGACAUUGCCAGGAAAUUUCUUCAUGAUGGAGAGUCUUAGGGCUCUGUAUUUGGGAGAUAAUGAUUUUGAGCUGCUUCCGGCUGAAAUUGGGAACCUUAAGAAUCUGCAAAUUCUAUCGAUGCGCGAGAAUGACCUCAUCGAAGUCCCUCGCGAGUUGGGCCAGCUGUCGCGGCUGCGCGAGCUGCACCUGCAGGGCAACCGCCUCGUCGUGCUGCCGCCGGAGAUCGGAAGCAUGGACCUAGCCAGCAACAAGUCCGUCCUCCGCCUGGAGGGCAACUUCUGGGUGCCGCCCAUCGAGGACCAGCUGAAGUUGGGUCCCGGCCACGUGCUGGACUACCUGCGCUCGGAGACGUACCGCGUGCUGCACUCGCGGCACGCGUCGGCGCGCCCGCCGCCGCCGCCGCAGACGCUCGACAAGACCAAGAAGGCCAGUCGUGCUAGGUCUUAAAUUAUUCAAGGAGUUUGAACCUUUUGUACAGCAGACAUGGAAGGUGGAGGCGGGGAACAAAAUCUCCAUACUAAAAGUGUCCGACAGAAUACCAUAAAUAGGUGGCGCUACAAUACCUUGAAUCUUUUCUUCUUCCUCGCGUUGUGCCGGAAUUUUUGCCCCGGCUCAUGGGAGCCUGGGGUCCGCUUGACAAUGAAUCCAAGAUUUGGCGUAGGCACUAGGUUUUACGAAAGCGACUGCCAUCUGACCUUCCAACCCGGAGGGUAAACUAGGCCUCGUUGGGAUUAGUCCGGUUGCCUCACGAUGUUUUCCUUCACCGCUACAGUACCUAGAAUACUUGAGAAAAAAAUCUAGUCAUAGACAGCGCACUUCACUCCGUCAAUAACGCCUAGGUUCUUAGCUACUCUAGCGCUACUCUGAAGAGAUUUGGAAGUAUAAUUUAUGCUGACAGCUAGACACUUUUGCAAUAAUUCUGCCUAAGAAGUUUCUUCCUUGCCUCUACCUUCCAUAGCUGAUACGUUCUAUAUUUAAAUGACGGAGCAAUAAUACAGUCAUUGAAAUAUAAACUGUAACUGUUAUGCAUAAGGUUCAAAUUCUAAAGCUAUUGUAUACUUAAAUAUGGACUGUAACAACUUUACAUAAAGUUCAUAUUCUUAAGUCAGGUCUGAGUGGACUUGGAUAAAACCAGGAAGGCGUGUCGUGCUUGAUCAAACGGGUUUUAACACCAGUCAGGAAUUUGAACCUUCUGUACAACAGAUACGUUCUAUAUUUAAACGGCAGCGCCGAUGCUCACGAAUCUUAAGCACAACUGCCACUUAAAUACGGAUUAUAAGCGAUAUACAGAAAGUUUCAAUUCCAAUUUUAUAGUAUGCUGGACAAUUUUAACUCGGAGACAGAUGUACGUGUCAAAAACAAAACUAAAAUAUAUACUGUUAUAUUUCCGAAAAUUAGGGAUAAUGGAGCCCGAUUACUAGUUGCAAUAGUCAAAACAGUCACUUAUUUUCUUAAUUUUCGGAAACAGAAAUCGUAAAUUAGAAAAAUAAAUUUGUGCAAUGGCUACAUGUGGACAUAGCAUAAGGAUAAAAAAACAGUGCCAUAACAUCUCAAACAAUAUGUAUAAGAUAAUGAAUAACAGAGUUAUGAAUGUUUGUGUUAUAUAUGUAGAACGUUUUAAAAUACUGUAUUUAACUAAAUGAUCUUACUAAUUAUAAUUACUGAAAAGUAUUAACUUUUUUAACAAAUAUGUGUUGGUUGGGGUCAUCCAUUAACAUCACACGAAUUUCUAGGUUUUUUUGACCCCUCCCCCUCCUUGUCACACUUGGUCACAUUUGGCAAAAACCCUCCCCCCGGUGUGACGUCACAUUUUUCGAAUUAGGUAUUAUUAAUAUUUUAUCAAAAUACUUUUGAUAAAAGAAAAUAUAAGUAAUUCUAUAACACAAAACCGAUUAGGAAAGAAAAUUAAACGAAUAUAACGAAUAAUCGUUCCAAAUACUCGCUAUUUAACUUUACAACGCCUAAAAAAAAAAACGAUUACUGGUGAUGUUAAAGUGACGUCACAAAGUUUGUGACUCCCCCCCCCCCCCCC